GUAGGUUACCCAGGUACUGAAAUACUGAGUUGUGAAAUUGUGAAUACAAAAUAGGUAUAGGUAUCUUUUUGCAAAAUGUCAAUAUUAAGAGGUGUAUAUAGACUAUAUAAACCAUAUACUUUGUUAAAUAACAGUCCUAAAAAUGUUUUUGUUAAUAUUGUAAGAACCAACAAAAUCUUUACUCAUUCUAUCCGAGUGAAAAAACCAAAAACUCAGGAUCCAGGAGAGAUAAUAAAAUGGGUUUUAUUGCUGAUACCAGUAACAUCAUUUGGUUUGGGCUGUUGGCAAGUGUAUAGGCUACAGUGGAAGCUGGAGUUAAUAGAUAUGCUCCAUGCAAAAUCAAAUUCAACACCAAUCCCCAUGCCACAGGAUUUUAAAGAACUUGAAAAUAUGGAAUACAGACCUGUUAAAGUGAAGGGAGAGUUUCUUCACGAAAAGGAAAUUCUCAUAGGACCUCGUGCCUUAAUUGAAAAUGAUGCAAUUUUGCAAAGAACUGGGUCCCUUAUAUCAGAUCCUAAAAAGAAUCAAGGAUGGCUACUUAUCACUCCAUUCAAAUUGUCGGAUAGUGGAGAAAUUAUCUUAAUUAAUCGUGGUUGGAUACCUCAAACUUUACGCCCUAAAGAAAAAAGACAGGCAUCAAUGGUAAAGGGUGAAGUGGAGCUAACUGGAGUGGUACGACUUACUGAAAAUCGAAGUCCUUUCAUGCCCAAAAACAAUCCAGAAAAAAAUUCAUGGCUUUACAGGGACUUGUGCCAAAUGAGUGCUUACUUUGAUUGCGCUCCUGUUUGGUUAGACGCUAAGGGUAUCCCAGACCCGCCAGAAGGUUGGCCCCUUCCGAAUCAAACUAGAAUAACCAUGAGGAAUGAACAUUUCUCGUAUCUCGUGACGUGGUAUUUGCUGUCGGCCUUUACAGCAGUAAUGUGGCAUCGUUACUUUAUAAGAAAACUUCCCUUAUUAUAAAUUAAAUAAGUUUAUACACAUAAGAAUUCAUAGUUAAAAAUAAACUAUUUAAAUAGUA